GAACAAUUAACGAGGCUUAUGUCCUGUUGUUCAUCUCAACUCGCGGGCCAUUGUACACGCUUACAUAAGGUAACGCACGUGACACCUAGAUUUUCCCCGAAACUCUUGCCAUUCUUUUCGCUCGCUAUCGCGGUUGAAGCAGUGCUGUCUUUCUCCCUUUCCCCCUCCACGCCGUUCGUCUUCGUUUAUUCCACUCGCCAGGCCACCUAAUUUCGCCCUCCACAAUGUCUUUCCCUAUUCAGGCCGCAGCUCGUAGCUGCCGACAGCUCUCCGGCUCCGUCCGCCCAUCCUCCCUGCGCAUUGCGACUACAUACACAGCCCGCACGCCUAGCUACCGGCGAUGGGAGUCCACCGAAGCCGCUGCUGCUCCUAUCAACCCCAAGAUCGCACAGAUUGUUGACCAGAUCUCCACGUUGACUCUGUUGGAGACUGCCGACCUCGUGUCCAGCUUGAAGACCCGCCUUAACAUCCCCGAUCUCCCCGUUGGUGGCUUCGCCAUGGCCGGCGGUGCCGGUGCUCCUGGCGCCGCCGCUCCCGCCGCUGAGGAGGAGGAAGCCGCUCCCGCUGCCGCCGAGAAGACCCUGUUCAACCUGAAGCUCGAGUCCUUCGAGGCCACCUCCAAGCCCAAGGUCAUCAAGGAGGUCAAGAACAUGCUCGGCCUGUCUCUGGUGGACAGCAAGAAGUUCGUCGAGUCCGUGCCCAAGAUUAUGAAGGAGUCCGUGCCCAAGGAGGAGGCCGAGAAGAUCAUCGAGACUCUCAAGGCUCUGGGUGCCAAGGUCGUCAUGGAGUAAAUGGAGCUGAAUUGCGAACUGGAAAACAAAACUUGGAAUACCUGGGCGAAAACGCGGAUGGAGCUUUGAUUUCCUUUUCCCUCUUUCCCUUCUUGCGCUCUCUCUUUCUCCCCUUCUCUUGUUGUUUUACUUUCAUGGCUUGCGCAUGUUGUGGAAUGGGGGAAAUCCGAAUCUGGCUUCGAGGGUGUUAUACUACUUGUUGAGCGUUGUUGGCCUGGUCGUGUGAGGGCAAAUAAAUGUACAUUAUACGCAUUGU